AUGACCCUCUCACCCUUCGCCUGCAAAAUCAGUGCCCAGCACAUUCGGGUACACUUGAAAGAAUAUACCUAUCCCAAUCAGCAUUCAGUUCCUCAAACUGAGUCGGACAGGCAGGCAAAAUACCAUAUUCUCGAAUUUUCCCUGAUGUUGAGCUUUACAAUCUACCGGGUUGGUAGCUACAGCAUGAUUCUUGAUGACUACCCUGGCCCAGCUUUGAGCACCGGAGGCUCAUCAAUCUUGAAAGGGUGCGCCUUUGGAGCCAUGUUUCCCCUUUGGGAAAGUGGGAAAAGAAAGCUUCCGGACCACGCAAGGACAAAGUCGAGAGAGCGCCGAAACUUAAAAACAAAAUAUGACGUCCGUGAUGACAUUAUUGAUGUGAUAGGGCUCGAUCAGAGUAGUCGACAAGAUGUAGUACAUUUCGGUUGGCACUCUGAUACCUCACUAUUUCCCACCUUGGUAGGAGGUACUACGCUCCGUAACCGUAGUAGUUUAAUUCACCCAAACUUCUCAACUUUUGACCAAUCGCUACGAUGUAGUGUUUGGAGUACUAGCAAAGGAGACCCUCCCAAUCUUGACGACGGAGUCAAACUCCUAGAGUUAAAGCACCUUGAUUAUUGCCCCUCUGACACUAGGGAUCGAGAAGAAACUAAGGGAGGGAGUUUGAAAUGCUCAUAG